CCACGUGACCCGGCCGGCUGCACCCGGACCUAGCCCGCACCCCGCGGGUCGCGCAGAUCAGGUGCUCUGCGCCCCGCGCCCUGCCUCGCCCCCCUGCGCCCUACCUGGCCCCGUGCUUCCCGCGCCCUCCCUGGCCCGGACUAUCCUGCUUUGCCCCAGAGCGCCCGGACCCGACGCCCUACCUGGUCGCCUGCCUUCCUUCGCCGGACCAGAGAGAGCAACCCCGGGAACAGGGCCAGGGCCUGCCCGUCCCUAGAAAGCAGCUGGUGUGACCCCGACAAGCAAGAUGGGGAGAAAACUGGAUCUUUCCAAGCUCACGGAUGAAGAGGCCAAGCACGUCUGGGAAGUGGUUCAGAGGGACUUUGAUCUGAGAAGGAAAGAAGAGGAAAGACUGGAGGGGUUGAAGGGCCGGAUUAAGAAGGAGAGCUCCCAGAGAGAGCUGCUUGCUGACACAGCACACCUGAAUGAGACCCACUGUGCCCGCUGUCUGCAGCCCUACCGGCUCCUUGCAACCCCCAGAAGGCAGUGCCUGGACUGUCGCCUCUUCACCUGCCAGAACUGCAGCCAUGCUCACCCGGAGGAGCAGGGCUGGCUCUGUGACCCCUGCCACCUGGCCAGGGUUGUGAAGAUUGGCUCUCUGGAGUGGUACCACCAGCACCUGAGAGCCCGCUUCAAGCGCUUCGGGAGUGCCAAAGUGAUCCGUUCCCUGUGCGGACGGCUGCAGGGGGCAGGUUUACCUGACAGAGCGCGAGGCUCGCCUGACAUCCACAGUGGGCCUGAGGCAAGCGCUGGCGAGGGAAGUGGAGAUAGUGAGCAGACAGAUGAGGAUGGGGAACUGGACACAGCAGCCCAGGCCCAGCCCAUUGGCAGCAAAAAAAAGCGUCUCUCCAUUCACGACUUGGACUUUGAGGCUGACUCUGACGACUCAACUUGGUCUGGCAGUCACCCCCCAGAUUCGUCCCCAGUGCCAGCAGCCAUGGACAGCCUGCAGGUCCCGUGUGCUCAAACCUUCACGGAUGAACCCUGUGCCAAGGACGCCUCCCCAGAGGCCAUGGUUGCCCCUGGAUGCCACCCCCCUCCAGAAGAGCAGACGGACAGCCUCUCCCCUGCGGGACAGGACACCCUCACUGAGCUCUGCGUCCCUGGAGAGUCCCGCAGGACAGCCCUGGGAACUGCUGCUGCAGCUGGGAAGAGCAUCACCAGGAGUGAGCGGCUCCCCUCCCAGUAUCUGGCCGAAAUGGACACCUCGGAGGACGAUGGCGAGAGCCCCGGGGCUCCCCACGCUGCCUUCCACCCAUGCGGAGGAGGAGGCCACACCCCGUCCCAGAGUCAGUGUCUCCCAGGCUGCGAGCCCACAGAUGCCGACAGAGAAGAGGAGACCCUCAGGAGGAAGCUGGAGGAGCUGACCAGCCACAUAAGUGACCAAGGAGCCUCGUCCGAGGAGGAGGGGAGCAAGGAGGAAGAAGCAGAACUGGACAGGAGCCCCUCCAUCAGGGACCUCCCGGGGGCAGGCCUGGAGGUGAGCGGGGCUGUGGGCCAGACGUACAGACAGGAAACCAUCCCCGGGGACCCUCAGGACCUUGUGCAGCCCAGCAGGACCACAGACAAGGAGCUGCUGGAGCUGGAGGACAGAGUGGCUGUCACAGCCUCAGAGGUUCAUCAGGUGGAGAGUGAGGUCUCCAACAUCAAGUCCAAGAUUGCCGCCUUGCAGGCUGCAGGGCUCACCGUGAAGCCUUCGGGAAAGCCCCGGAGGAAAUCUAACCUGCCGAUAUUUCUUCCCCGGCUUGCUGAGAGACUGGACCGGAAUCAUAAGGAUCCGAACGCAGACCCCAUGGAGGAGAUGACAGUGGCGCCCUAUCUUCUCAGAAGGAAGUUCACUAAUUCCCCGAAAAGCCAAGGUAAAGACGGGACCUCCUUUCAUCGGCAGUCGGCGUACCGCGGGUCCCUGACACAGAGAAACCCCAACAGCAGGAAGGGGGUGGCCAACCACAGCUUUGCGAAACCUGUGAUGACCCACCAGCCCUGAAGGGGGAGGUUUGUUGGAACAAGAUGGAGCAACACAGGGCCCUGCCCUCACUUCCCCUCUGCCUCACCAUCCCGUCCCUCCGUCUUCCCCGUGCUCCGUGGUGGACAUGGUCCAGGAGAGACAGGACACAACACCGUCCACAAGGGAACUCCAUCUGUGAGGGGACAGCUUUCCCAGACCCUCGGCUCCUCACUCACGUUCAUGGACAACCUCUGCCCCCACCCUUGCUGGCCUGCUCUGAUCCAUGAGAAACAUCUAAGCUGACAUGUUUUUCCCUUAGGACGGUGUUAAACUUUUUGAAGGACACCCAGAAGAAUGUUCUCGGUGUGAUCUUUUAGCCCUUUCCCUGCUGGCUCGGUGCUGCACCCUCUGUGUGUUCCCCACGCGGUGUCAGAGCACAGUCAGGCACUCUGUGUGUUUCUGUGUGUGUGCACGCAUUCAAGGAAAUCGGGUAUCAAGAUGAAUGACUGAACUCAUGGCCAGCUGGCCUCACCGAGCCCCUCACAGCUAUUCUGUGGGUCCCCUGUGGUUCACAGACUGGGAGAAAUUACGCUGUGGUCAAGGGCAGCCCGAGCAUGGGGCAGCAGGUGGGCCUUUGACCUAUGUCCAGGGCAGAUGCAGAGGACCUGUGGGAGAGGCAGAUGCUGGAGCCCUGGGCAGGUGGGCGAGAGGUUGGGGCUGGCCCAGGGCUGCCACUGCUACGGUGACAUCCAGCAGGACAGAGGGCCAGGGGCAGUCAGGGAUGCCUGCCGGCCACCUCCAGCCACCUGCCAUCCAUACUGUGCUGAGCUCAAAGUCCUUCUCCAUCUGGGACAGUCUGGCAUUCACUGUCACAUCUGGGUGUCUAUGUGGCUUCUCCAGUUUUCAGAGGAGCCCGCUGCGACCCUUGGGGCUGCCUUGGAGCAGUAACUGUAAUUGGAAACACCCCCCCCCCCCAAAACUGAGCAGCGGUACAUGCUUCACAGGGACUCAUGUGUUUAAUCCUUGGAUUAAAUUUAGGCCCAUUUUGUAGAGGAGGACACAGCCCUGAGUGUGAGGCUCCUCUCCUGCAGCGAGAAGCCACCAUGUGAUCCUCUGUUACUUUCUAAAGUGACUUUGAGCCAGCUUUGACGUUUCUCUCUUAAACUGCCUGGUGUUUGUGUUCAAAUGAAAUGGGAACCGGAAGCAGAUGGAGAAGUGGUGCCCCGAGCCUUAGCUAGCGAGCCCGUCUUCUGCCCUGACGCUGGACAGAGCCCCACCCCACCACCACGCAGACCCUGGACCGCAAGCUUGGCACGUUCACUGAGCCCUAAACACAGCCGCCGCAGAGGAGACGCUGUUCCUGGGCUGGCCCACGGGGUUCAGGAAUCAGCUUCUGGAUCGAUCCGAACAACCAGGCUACAGAUUGUGCUGGACCUGUAGAAAAGACGGAUCUGAUGCCCCUUCCUGGGAUGGAAGCUGCUGAAAUAUAUAGCUCCUGACUCACUGCUCAGUGAUGGAAAGGUUCCUACAAAUGAAAGGGGAUCGGUUUCUUUUUUUGGCACACCUCUCCUUAUUCCCAAAGUAAGCUAAAGUCACUGUGAGUUCACAGGAGUCAGAGAGACAGCCCGAUGGCCCUGGUGUGUCCCUGAGUGUUGAUGGAAUGAGACAGUGGGUCCCCCAUCCUACUUGCCUGUACCCCAGCCCCUCAUUAGCCGCAUUCCUCCACUGCUAAUUUGAGUGCUGACAACUUCAAACUCAAA